CUUGGAGAUUUGCUGAACACUCUGCUUGGCCAAGGAAUCAGAUUAACAUCUGAAGGAGUUCAAGGACGAAAUUCUAAACGGACACAGAAUUGGUUUACACAGGGACAACUGCCUGCAUUUUUCACCACAAUCAGGCAAUGGAAGGACUGACGUUUUCUGAUCAGAACCGUCUACGAAUCCAGUCAGUGGAGAGCACUUUCCGCCACACUGGAAAGACACUUCUGAUACCUGGUCGCAUUUUGUGGGGAGAGGGACGUUUGCUUAAGUUGUGCAGACGUGGACCCAAACCCAAAGUGUUUUUCCUCUUCAAUGACAUCUUAGUCUAUGGCAGUAUCAUGCUGCCUGGCCACUGGAACAGUAACCAGCAGAUCAUCCCUUUGGAAGAGGUGUACCUGGAAGAUGUGGAAGACGGAAUGGCCAUGGCUAACCAAUGGCUCAUCCGCACACCACGCAAAUCCUUCUAUGUGGUGGCAGCAUCAGCUGAGGAGAAGCUUGCAUGGAUGGGGCGUAUUGAGAAGUACAGGGCUCUGCACUUGCAAAGCAAGGGCCUCCUUAUCGACAGGAUUGCUGUGGAGAACUUUGCUGCUACCUGGAUACCUGACAUGGCUUCAGCCAUCUGUAUGCGCUGCUCUGAAUGCUUCAAUGUUACCAACCGGAGGCACCACUGCCGGAGGUGUGGCUUUAUAGUAUGCAAAACUUGCUCCAAGGAUCGGGCAUUGUUACCCAACAUCUCCUCCAGGCCAUUGAGAGUUUGCUGGCAUUGUAUGAACAUCAUGCAAGAUGGACAACAGCAGGGACAGAAAACCGAAAAGGGAAAGAACUGGGAGAAGAAUUCACUUGAGGACUCACUGUCACAACCUGUAUUUGAGAGUUCCAGUGAAGAAGAGCUUGAGGAGCAGAACGGGUUCCACAUGCCUACCAAGAGGUUCAACAGCCAGGUGGAGAAUUUCUCCCCAUAUUGUUAUGUAAAACCCGAGCACAUAAUGCCUCCUGUCAGUGGACUUUGAAACUAGACAGAAGUGAGAACCCACUAUUAUGUUGAACUAUGCUAGAACAAACAUCAGGUGCACAAAUAACAUUGCCAGCAGUUAUGAUGUAUUUUGCACUAGAGUCACUUUUAUGUCGUCUAUUUUGCACUGUUAUUUUGUGCUGUAUUUAUGUGUUUUUUAAUGUAUACUCAUUGUAUAGCAGUUGUUUUAUAAGUGAUAUGGCACAAACCAAAAUGUGAAAUAUGUGUACAGCGUAAUCUAGA